AUGGCUGUAAACACAUAUUUUUAUCGUAAUGUACUUCUUUUAACUCAAGUAAUACCAACAAGUGAUGAAUUCAAAUUACAUUUCAAAGAAGGAAUGUUUAACAAACCCAAUACAAUUGGAUUCAUGCAUGUUACACAGUAUUUAUUAACAAUAUAUGAUGCAGAAUAUUUCAAAAAAUCCUUUCAAUGGCCUGUAACAUGUAAAAAAACAGAAGUGAAAUAUCGUAACAGUGUUAAAGAUUAUUUAAAUGUAAUAGCAAAAGAAAAUGCUGAUGUCAAUUUUCCUCCUAUUCUUACAUCAUUUUUGGUUCGAGCUCAUGGACAGAAAUUUAAUAUUAUUAUGUGGAAACUAUCUACUGUAGUCUUAAGAACAUACAUUAAAAGAAAUUUUGAUCCAAAUAUUUUUUAUGCACCACGUUUGGGUUCUACAAAUGAAUUGAUAAAAACAACUCUUCAGGAAAUAAAUAAAGAUACAAUUUCUAAUAUCAUGUCUUAUCGUAGAAAUAUGAGCAAAAUGAAGGAAACAUUUAAAAUUAAUAUGACGGAAGAAAAAGAAGCAUGGUCUAAUGUAAAGCAAGAAAUUUUUGAAGUGAAACAAUCUGUAUUAAAUUUGGCAUCUAAAGCACCGGUUGAUUCGAGUAUUAAAAAGUGCCUAACGAAUAUAGAAAAUACUAAAAUUAUAGAAUUAUGGAAACAUCACAUAACGGAAAAUUUAUCAUAUAUAAGAAAAAAAAAUAAGAUUUUCAAGGAAGUACAAAUUCUAAGCAAUAAAAUUACCGAUAUGAUUUCUAGUAUAAUUAAUGGUACAGAAAUAUUGGAUGCACAUCAACUUGGAAAAGUACAUUCAUCUACUAUUUCUCUUCUUCCAUUAUCAACGAAUAUACAGUAUCUUCUUCAUAACUUAUAUAAUAAUGACAAAUUGGUGUUACACAAUUUUCUUAUAUUAUUGAAUUUCUUAUUGUGCCAAGUGUAUCAAUGUUUAAAGAAACAUGAAUUGAAAGAUUUGUCAAAGUGUCUUUUACAAAUAGAAGCAAGCCAAGAAGAUAUUACAUCUGGAAUAAAAUCGUUUCAAAGUUUAACAACUUCUAUAGAAACUAUUUCGACUAAUUUGAAGUUACAUUUCAAUCAGAAGAAAAUAAAUGAAACGUUUCAAGAACAUAUUUCGGCAUUGGAAAAUAGUAUAUUUUGUUCGUCACCACCUAUCAAAAUUAAUACCAAUUGUAGUGAGGAAGGAAACGAUGUAUUAAAAAGAUUAGUGCUUACACCGAUAGAAGGUGCACACAGAUCAUUAUUUUCCAGAUACAAAAGACAUGGUAUCACAAAUGUACCUGUUUCUCAAUUAAGAACUAAUUUAUUAGUAGCACGUACUAACUUUGAUGAUACUUUGUCGUUAAAUAAUAGUGAUAAAAUUUCACCAAAUUAUUCGCAAUUAAUCAAAACGGUUUCUUCGUCUACCAAACGUACAGGAAAAUAUUCACGUUUAUUUGUAUCGUAUGCAAAAAAGAACUCUGAAAAAGGUAACUGUAGUAUCAUUUCAAUACCAGAUUCUUUAAAAGCUAAUUCUACUGCUCUAACAAGUAUAGAAGAAGCCCGCAACAUAUCUCAAUUUAAUCUAAGAAGUACAACAAAAAGUUUCUUUGAUCUCAGAGAAGUAAUGACACCUGAUAAAUUUAAUACAAUUAAUCAAUUAAAAUCUCAAUGCAUUUUCAAAGAAUCUAACAAUUUACAUAACGAUCAUUGCGAAUCGAAUAAUGAGACUGAAAAAGAUAAUGCGACCAAUACUAAAGAUACAUCUGUCAAUAAUGUUAAAGAUACGACAAAUAGAAGAAGAUCUAUUAGUGAUUUAGUUCAACGUUAUAAAAAAGUAUUGGAAAAUACAAAAGACUGUAUAAUAUAUGAUAACUAAAUGGAUGUAUCUUUCUCAUACUUUGAGAAGUUCUUCUAUGAAAUGUAAGAAUAGGAAAUUAAUAAUAUUUAUACUAAAUUUAUGUGUAAUC